AUGCGCCCUCAGUUCGGGAAUCGCUUCCUGACAACGGACAAGGAUGUCUUUGAGCACAAUGCUUGGGAUAACGUUGAAUGGGACGAGGAGCAGGAAGCAAUUGCCAGAGAGAGUGUACAGAAGAAUUCUGCGGAAAAAAUGCACCGAAAUGAUGUGAAGAAGUACGAGGAGGAAGCAGAUAAGUUCUGGGAUUCCUUCUACAGUGUACACAGUAAUAAAUUCUUCAAGGAUCGCCACUGGCUGUUUACGGAAUUUCCAGAACUAGCCCCAAGUGCUGUGCCUGAGGGGUCUGCAGGAGAAAACUCCCGGAGGAUCUUUGAAAUUGGCUGUGGUGUAGGGAAUACCAUCAUCCCGAUUCUAAAGUAUUCCCAAGAGAAGGAUUUAAUGAUCUACGGAGCGGAUUUUUCAGCAAAAGCCGUGGAAAUCCUCCAGGAAGAUCCACAUUUUGACAAAAAGCGUUGUCAGGUGUUUGUUUUGGAUGCUACAGCGGAAAUUUGGGAUGUGCCCUUCACAGAAAACUCCCUGGACAUCAUUGUUCUCAUCUUUGUUCUAUCAGCAAUCAAUCCAACCAAGAUGCCACAUGUUACUCAACAAGUUGCCAAGUACCUGAAGCCAGGUGGGUUGGUUGUAUUCCGGGAUUACGGACUCUACGACAUGGCUCAGUUGCGCUUCAAACCGGGCAAGUGUCUCGAGGAGAAUUUCUACGUGCGCGGAGACGGAACGAGGGUUUUCUUCUUCACGCAGCAGGAUGUGAGGGAGUUGUUUGAAAAGGCAGGCCUAGUUGAGGAGCAAAAUCACAUUGAUAGACGAUUGCAGGUCAACCGGGGGAGACAAUUGAAGAUGUACCGAGUCUGGAUUCAGGCAAAGUACCGGAAACCAUUGGCAAGGUAA